UGGAGAGAGAAAUCAUUCGACGAUCCUCGCGAGGCUGAAAUUUCUUGAGCCGAGAUGCAAACGAGGCCACGAAUCUUCGUCACGCUUCCAGGUUUACUUUUCGCAACCACUCUUCGAUAUAAUCACAUAAUAAGAAAAGAAGAAUCAAACAAACAAACAUGAACCAAACAACCGCCCGCCUCCGAAAAACAUUCCACUACCCACACGACAACUCCUCCUCAGACUCCCUCCCCGAAGCCCUAGACGAAGAAGAACAAGAAAACCUAAUCCACACCCUCACCACCCAAAACGCAAUGACAAACACCCUCUACCGGCACGUCCUCCUCGCCCUCCCCCUGCUGAGCAUACUCCCCUACCUGCCCUCGCUCUUCCUUCCACCUCCACAGACAGCAUUGCUCUCUUUGCUAGCUGUUACUAGUUUGCUUAGCACCGCUUAUCUCCUCAACUCUCUCCCUCCCGAAUCAACCGGUUUUCAGUUCUUAGAUGCUUUGAAUCGAGGAACGGGAACGGGAAAGGGGAGGGAGAGAGGAAGAGAUGAGGGGGGACCGGUGAAGAGGUAUCUCCCGUGGUUGAAUCUGGGGCUUUGUGCUGUGGUGGCGGUGGCGGGACUGGGAGGGAAAGGGGAGUGGGUUGGUUUUGGGUGGGUGCCGGGGUGCGUGUUGGGGGUUGUGGUUGUGGGGAAGUGGGUUAUGGGGGGUGUGGAUCCGGAGGGGGAGUUAGGGGGUUUGAGGUAUGGGUUUAAGGGUGCUUAG